AGAAGAGGAGGGAACUGGCCAGGGAGGAAUGGAAGAAGGCGGAAUGUGGGAGGGCUCAAGAGGACGUGGGAGGGACGAAAGGAGAGGGGGGAGAGAAGGGGGGGGUCCAGUCUCCCCUGGCCGAGCACUUUUUUGGGGAAGUCCUAGGACUGAUCUCCAGGACCUGGACUCUUCUCCCAGCUCCUAGAGCCCCGCUCAGCCAAAGGCCUUCCCUGCCAUGCGACCUGUCAGUGUCUGGCAGCGGAGCCCAUGGGGGCUGCUGCUGUGCCUGCUGUGCAGCUCCUGCCUGGGAUCUCCAACCCCAUCCACGCCCCCCGAGAAGAGGGCUGGCAGCCAGGGGCUGCGCUUCCGGCUGGCCGGCUUCCCCAGGAAGCCCUUCGAGGGUCGCGUGGAGAUCCAGCGAGCUGGCGAGUGGGGCACUAUCUGCGAUGACGACUUCACCCUUCAGGCUGCUCACGUCCUCUGCCGGGAGCUAGGCUUCACAGAGGCCACGGGCUGGACCCACAGUGCCAAAUAUGGCCCUGGAACAGGCCGCAUCUGGCUGGACAACCUGAGCUGCAGUGGGACUGAGCAGAGUGUGACUGAAUGUGCCUCCCGGGGUUGGGGGAACAGCGACUGUACCCACGAUGAGGAUGCCGGAGUCAUCUGCAAGGACCAGCGCCUCCCAGGCUUCUCAGAUUCUAAUGUCAUUGAGGUAGAACAGCAGCUGCAAGUGGAGGAGGUGAGACUUCGACCGGCUGUGGGGUGGGGCAGGCGGCCCCUGCCAGUGACCGAGGGACUAGUCGAAGUUAAGCUUCCCGACGGCUGGUCGCAAGUGUGUGACAAAGGCUGGAGCGCCCAUAACAGCCGCGUGGUCUGCGGGAUGCUGGGCUUCCCUAGCGAAAAGAGAGUCAACACGGCCUUCUACAGAAAGUUGAGGAAGCGAGCGGCCAAAGCCUCGGCCGGACGCCCCAAGCCCAUUGGAAGACCAAUCACCAAGCUUAAAGUCAAACCCAAACCCCAAGUGGGCAGGGGAUCAGUCAAGAGGCUGCUGGCCCAGCGGCAGCAACACUCCUUUGGUCUGCAUGGGGUGGCGUGCGUGGGCACCGAGGCCCACCUCUCCCUCUGCUCCCUGGAGUUCUAUCGUGCCAAUGACACCACCAGGUGCCCUGGGGGGGCCCCUGCGGUGGUGAGCUGUGUGCCAGGCCCUCUCUACGCAGCAUCCAGUGGCCAGAAGAAGCAACAACAGUCGAAGCCUCAGGGGGAGACCCGAGUGCGUCUAAAGGGUGGGGCCCACCCAGGAGAGGGCCGGGUGGAAGUCCUGAAGGCCAGCACAUGGGGCACAGUCUGUGACCGCAAGUGGGACCUGCAGGCAGCCAGCGUGGUGUGUCGGGAGCUGGGCUUCGGGAGUGCUCGAGAGGCUCUGAGUGGUGCCCGCAUGGGGCAGGGCAUGGGUGCCAUCCACUUAAGUGAAGUUCGAUGCUCUGGACAGGAACCCUCCCUCUGGAAGUGCCCCCACAAGAACAUCACAGCCGAGGACUGUUCCCAUAGCCAGGAUGCUGGAGUACGAUGCAACCUGCCCUACACUGGGGUAGAGACCAAGAUCCGACUCAGUGGAGGCCGCAGCCGACAUGAGGGGCGAGUGGAGGUGCAAAUAGGGGGACCUGGGUCCCUUCGCUGGGGCCUCAUCUGUGGGGAUGACUGGGGGACACGGGAGGCCAUGGUGGCCUGUAGGCAACUUGGACUGGGCUAUGCCAGCCAUGGCCUGCAGGAGACUUGGUACUGGGACUCAGGGAAUACCACAGAGGUGGUGAUGAGUGGAGUACGCUGCACAGGGUCUGAGCUGUCCCUGGACCAAUGUGCUCAUCAUGGCACCCACGUUGCCUGCAAGAGAACAGGAACCCGCUUCACUGCUGGGGUCAUCUGUUCGGAGACUGCAUCAGAUCUGCUGCUGCACUCGGCCUUGGUGCAGGAGACAGCCUACAUCGAGGACCGGCCCCUGCACAUGCUCUACUGUGCCGCAGAAGAAAACUGCCUGGCCCGCUCGGCUCGCUCAGCCAACUGGCCAUACGGCCACAGGCGUCUACUCCGGUUCUCCUCCCAGAUCCACAACCUGGGACGAGCUGACUUCAGGCCCAAGGCUGGGCGCCAUUCCUGGGUGUGGCACGAGUGUCAUGGGCACUACCACAGCAUGGACAUCUUCACCCACUAUGAUAUCCUGACCCCCAAUGGCACCAAGGUGGCCGAGGGCCACAAAGCUAGUUUCUGUCUAGAAGACACCGAAUGUCAGGAGGAUGUCUCCAAGAGGUAUGAGUGUGCCAACUUUGGAGAACAGGGCAUUACCGUGGGUUGCUGGGAUCUCUACCGGCAUGACAUCGACUGCCAAUGGAUUGACAUCACAGAUGUGAAGCCAGGAAACUACAUUCUGCAGGUGGUCAUCAACCCCAAUUUCGAAGUAGCAGAAAGUGACUUCACCAACAAUGCAAUGAAAUGUAACUGCAAAUACGAUGGGCACCGCAUCUGGGUGCACAACUGCCACAUUGGUGAUGCCUUCAGUGAAGAGGCCAACCGGAGGUUUGAGCGCUACCCUGGCCAGACUAGCAACCAGAUCGUCUGAGGUGCUGCCGCCCUCUCCGCAAACCACCACUGGCCCCUAAGGGCAGGAGUCUGAGGCUCCCAUUACCUCAGGAGCUUACCAAGGAACCCCUGAUGUCAGCAGGCUGGCCGCACUCAUCCAGUGUGCACUAUGGAUGUGGAACUCUCAAGCCAAGGUUAUCGCCCUCCUUCCUACGCCAGCUGCUAGAUCUGUGGCCAAGUGUGGGGAAUUUUUGCUCCCAGGCCCAGCACCGAGCCAAGCACACGACAAAGAGCAGCACCUG